UAAUCCUUGCAGGCUCCUUCCUUCUCAACCCGCCUUGAGUGGCUAGGAGGACUCUAGCCGAAGUAGGAGCAAUAAAGUCAAAUAAAACUAAAACAGAGGGAGAGGGAGAGGGAGAGGGAGGGAGUUAGCGCGCAUGAGAGAGCGAGCCAGAGUGAAGCCACUGCCUGGGGCUGCUGCGCUCCCCUUCCCGAGACCUUUCCUCCGCUCCCGCGCUGCUCACUGAGUGAUGGACAAUCUGCGCAGGAUCCGGCUUCUCCUUUUUCUUGCUUCAGUCCCUUUGUGCGGCGGGCAAGAAACUUCAGUGGAGAGCUGCUGCUCACGUGGAUAUGAAUGGGCAAGUCAAAAGAGAGACUGUAGUUCUCUGCCAUCACAUCCUGAUUCCAAAGAAUGCAGCAUAGCUCAGGAACAAUGCUGCCUCAAUCAACUGGAAGAGCUGCGUUGCACAGCAGGAAUAGCGAUCGCCAGCAAGCAUGAAGACUGUGAUUCCGAUGAAGGCAAUACUACCUGUGAAGACAAAGUCAUUAAGAAAUGUUGUUAUUGCUGCUUUAUGGGGAAGGUGGCCCAAAAGCAAGGGAACAGCUGUGAGCAGAGCCUCCUGAUGGGAUACCAGUGUGGUUUGGUCUUCCGAGCUUGCUGUGUUGAGGGGCAAGAAAACUCUGACACAUUAAGUGUUGAUGAUCCUAACAAAGAACUGGAUGCAGUAUCACCAGUGGAAGUUGAUAAUGAGGAUCAUUACCUUAAUGACCGCUGCAGAGGAGGCGGCCCUUGCACCCAGCAAUGUAGGGAUUCCGGCUCAAGUGUUCUCUGCUCUUGCUUUAUGGGCUACCAACUUCAGCCGGACGGCUUCACUUGUGAAGAUAUGAACGAAUGCCUCACCAACCCUUGCCCCAUUGGACAAAUUUGUAUCAAUACAGCAGGAUCUUUCCGCUGUCAGCGGGAGACCAGCUGUGGGACUGGUUACGAACUGACGGAGAACAACCUUUGCAAAGAUAUUGACGAGUGUGAGACUGAUACUCAUAACUGCCUCCCCGAUUUUAUCUGUCAGAAUACUCCAGGAUCCUUCCGUUGCCGACCCAAGCAACAGUGCAGGAGCGGCUUUAUACAAGAUGCACUGGGCAACUGUAUGGAUAUCAAUGAAUGCUUGAGUGCGAGCGUACCUUGUCCUGCUGGACAGACUUGCAUCAACACGGAUGGGUCUUACGCUUGCCAGAGGAAUGUGCCAAACUGUGGGCGAGGCUACCAUCUAAACGAAGAAGGCACAAGAUGUGUAGAUGUGGACGAGUGUUCGCCACCGAAUCAGCCUUGCGGAGAGGGCCACAUUUGUGCCAAUUCCCCUGGAAGCUACCGCUGUGAAUGCCAAGCUGGCUACUAUUUUGAGGGAAUCAGUAGAACCUGCGCUGACAUUAAUGAAUGCCGACGAUACCCCGGUCACUUAUGUGCUCACAAAUGUGAAAACACUGCUGGCUCUUAUUACUGCAGCUGUACGAUGGGCUUCAAACUUUCCACUGAUGGGAGGUCAUGUGAAGACUUGAAUGAAUGUGAAAGUAACCCCUGCAGCCAGGAGUGUGCUAAUGUAUAUGGUUCUUAUCAGUGCUACUGCCGUCGGGGCUACCAGCUGAGCGACAUCGAUGGCAUCACCUGUGAAGAUAUUGAUGAAUGUGCCUUACCCACUGGAGGACAUAUCUGUGCCUAUCGAUGCAUUAAUGUGCCAGGCAGUUUUCAGUGUACUUGCCCCUCCUCUGGUUACAAAGUGGCCCCCAAUGCGCGAAACUGUCAAGAUAUUGAUGAGUGCGUUACAGAAACACAUAGUUGCUCAUACAAUGAGACCUGCUUUAAUAUUCAGGGUGGUUUUCGAUGCCUUUCCCUGGAAUGCCCAGAAAAUUAUCGCAAAUCUGGAGAUACAGUCAGGCAUGAGAAGACAGAUACUGUUCGCUGCAUUAAGUCCUGCCGACCGAAUGACGUCAAGUGCAUGUUGGAUCCAGUUCACACCAUUUCCCACACGGUCAUUUCACUGCCCACAUUCAGGGAAUUCACGAGGCCUGAAGAGAUUAUUUUCCUUCGUGCCAUCACGCCAGCAUACCCAGGCAACCAGGCAGACAUCAUAUUUGACAUCACCGAAGGAAAUCUACGGGAUUCUUUUGACAUCAUCAAGCGCUACAUGGAUGGCAUCACUGUGGGUGUGGUUCGCCAGGUGAAACCCAUCAUUGGCCCUUUCCAUGCCACCUUGAAGCUGGAGAUGAACUACGUCAUUGGAGGGGUCGUCUCCCACCGCAACGUUGUCAACGUGCACAUCUUUGUUUCAGAGUACUGGUUCUGAUUCACCUUGCCACCUGGGUGGAAGCAGGAGAGCUUCCAAGUGAAACUCUGCCACAAACUCAUAGAAAAGUUAUGCACACCUUUUGGGGCGGGGAGGGGCGAGAUGGGGGUUGGGGUUGGGAGCGAGACCAAAUAGCUUUCUUUUCAAGUAACAUUUCUGGUUUAUAGUUUCAAUAAAGGACCAAUAGCAAACUAUCUAAAAUAGAAGUAGGAUGGAGCAAUAACCUUUGUGCCUGAUCUAGCUGGAUUGUAUAUACAAAUAAAUAGUCUGUCCGGCUCCCUGUCCUUUUAUGGGGUUUUAAAUUCUGUUUUGUUGAGGUCUUUUAGGCAGGGGGCUGCAUGCAAGAUUUUGCAGGAUCAGAGCCUUGCCUGCCCUCACCCUUCCUACUUCCACCUUCUUGAAUGUCUUGCCUGGCUAUCAAAUUAAUUUUUUCAUUGUAAAAAUUCAGAAAUCACCUCUGAUGAAUUUGCGGCAUAACCAGGCCUUUUUUUCAGCUCAGUUCCAGCACCUCUCAGGUCGGCACCAAUGCCAUUAUAAGAGAAAAAGGGAGGCGUUUUUGAUGAGUUCCCGCACCUCUUCUUUUAAGAAAACAGCACUGGGCAUAACUGACCUCGAAAAUGACCCCUCUGCCACACAUAUUCCACAUACAUUCUCUUGCAAUGAGUGGGGCGGGUGGAUGGAGUUCUCUGGUGCUUCAAAAUAGGUGUGUAUUUUGGAGGGUUUUUUUUAUCUGAAAGUUUCAUUAAAAGGCAUUAGGAUCAGGUCGGCCCCAAUUAAAGUAAAUGGUAGAAAAAUUAAACACUGUAUAUGCCCAAGGUAUUGAGGGGCUAAAUGACCCCAGUAUUGGGGAAAAUGUCACUUAACAUUUGGUACCUGAUGUGAAAAAUCAGCCGCUAAGAGAAGGAUGUGCUCAUGAUUCAUUGUCCUGGAUCUAAAGUCAAAAUGGCACUGUGGGUUUCCCCCCAAACAACAACCUCUCAUGUCACAAUGCAGUCUGCUUUUUAAACAGAGGAAAGUUUGAAAGGAGUCUGUGAUAUGGCAGGAGAGCCUGCUUCUUAAAGCAAAAAAAGCAAUCAUCUUUUUUGAGCUUGCAGGCCUUUUCUCCAUCUUCUUUUAGAUGUGCAUCCUGAAGGUUUAGAACUGAAGGGGGGAAAUGCGUGAAUUCGGUACUCCUUAAUCUGCAAGACCCCCAAAGGCGUUAACAACUCAAGGCAUUGCAGAACCCAGAUACUACCCCACAGUUACACCUCUUAGGUUAGAAAAGGAGAGGGCCCUUCCAGAGUGGGGGGCCCUGACAGCUGUCCAGGGAUGGCAGGUCCUGACUCCCAUCCUGUAGACUAUACUACUUUUAGUGGCUUUUGAGAUCCCCAUUUCUUUGGUGACAAACUAGAAUGAAAUCAACAGUGCAGUGGAACCAAUAAAUGCUAAACCUUUAUGCCAUGAUCCAGCAACAGAGAUAUGUACAUAGAAACAGUACGUACCUAUUGUGGAUACAGACUAGAUUGGGAUCGGUGUUUUGGAAGCUAAAAAUAUUUUUUCAAAUUAGUCAUGGUGAAGGGCCCAAUCCAGUUGCAGUGAUGGGCUGCAGAACAGCUGGUGGCUCCAGAUGUGGAUGGACAUUACGGUACACUGAAGCACAUCCCACUGAGUCCUCCCACUAGGGCUCUCAGGUGAGCAUUGAUUUAGGCCACCAUUAUGCUCACAAUCGUGUAUGAGGCUUCUUAUGUAUUAUACUGAAGUAUGACCCAAUAAUGUAAUGAAACUCAAUAAAUGAGUGUUGUUUGUAGCUACAGUUUCUCUCAGCCAUGUAUCAUUUUUAGGAAAAUAAACUUUUUCUUUUUUAACA